AAGAAUUUCUAACAAUUCAUUGUUUUUGUUUUUUCGUCAGUCUUCAUUCUAUACAACGAAACUUUGUACGUCUUCUGCAAAUGAAUUAUUAAUGUACAUGCGGUAUCUAUUAUUUUUCUUAUCCUUGCAAUUUAAUUUAUAAAGAUCGAGAAAGAAAUAAAUAAGAGAAAUUAAAAAAAAUUCUAUAAAAUAAUGUGACAUAUCCAUUGUUCUUAGAAGAAAAUUAUUAUCACCAAUUCUUCCUAUGUAGAGUAAUUUAAAAUGUCUGAAAAAAGUCAAACUAGUCAACCUCAACCUAUCGUCAAGAUAGGUCAUUAUACAUUAGGACAAACUCUAGGUGUUGGAACGUUUGGUAAAGUAAAAAUUGGUGAACAUGUUCUAACAAAGCAUAAAGUUGCAGUAAAGAUUCUAAAUCGGCAAAAAAUUAAAAGUUUGGAUGUAGUGGGUAAAAUAAGACGAGAGAUACAAAAUUUGAAAUUAUUUAGGCACCCUCAUAUUAUUAAAUUAUAUCAAGUCAUAAGUACACCAACAGAUAUAUUUAUGAUUAUGGAAUAUGUCUCUGGAGGGGAGUUAUUUGAUUAUAUUGUAAAACAUGGAAAACUAAAAGAGCAUGAAGCACGAAGAUUUUUCCAACAAAUUAUUUCUGGUGUUGACUAUUGUCACAGACACAUGAUAGUUCAUCGUGAUUUAAAGCCGGAAAAUCUUCUUUUAGACCAUAAUCUUCACGUGAAAAUAGCAGAUUUUGGUUUAUCAAAUAUGAUGAUGGAUGGAGAAUUUCUACGUACGUCAUGUGGUUCACCAAAUUAUGCUGCACCUGAAGUAAUAUCUGGAAAAUUAUAUGCUGGUCCUGAAGUAGAUAUUUGGUCAUGCGGAGUUAUAUUAUAUGCUUUACUUUGUGGUACAUUACCAUUUGAUGAUGAACAUGUGCCUACGUUAUUUCGUAAAAUAAAAUCUGGAAUUUUCCCUAUCCCAGAGUACUUAAAUAAAAGUGUUGUUAGUCUACUAUGUCAUAUGCUCCAAGUUGAUCCUAUGAAAAGAGCUGCAAUUGAAGAUAUCAAAAAACAUGAAUGGUUUCAAAAAGAUUUGCCAUCAUAUUUAUUCCCAUCACCUGUAGAACAAGAUUCUUCUGUAAUCGAUAUAGAUGCCAUUAAUGAAGUUUGUGAAAAAUUUAAUGUGAAGGAAGCAGAAGUUCAUUCCGCCUUACUUGGCGGUGAUCCACAUGAUCAACUAGCAAUUGCUUAUCAUUUGAUUAUUGAUAAUAAAAGAAUUGCUGAUGAAGCUGCUAAAGCAGAAUUGAAAGACUUUUAUGUAGCAUCAAGUCCACCACCAGUUACAUUUAGUCCAAGUGAUGCUAAUAACAGUCCACUAAGACCUCAUCCAGAAAGAAUUGCUCCAUUAAGACAGUCUUCACAAAGUUCAUCCGCAUCAAUUCAAGGAAAUAGAGGUACACCAGUGAAACGAGCAAAAUGGCAUUUAGGAAUAAGAUCACAGUCCAAACCAAAUGAUAUCAUGAAUGAAGUUUACCGUGCAAUGAAGGCACUUAAUUUUGAAUGGAAAAUAAUAAAUGCAUACAGUGUUAAAGUUAGACAGAAAAAUCAAUUAACUAGCAGAUAUAGUAAAAUGUCAUUACAGCUUUAUCAAGUUGAUUGUAAGAGUUAUUUGUUAGAUUUUAAAUCUUUAUCCAGUGAAGAAGCAGAAGAUAUUUGCAGAGAUCCUUCUUUGCCACCACCUCAAGCAACUGGUCAUCAUACUAUGGAAUUUUUUGAAAUGUGUGCUGCAUUAAUUACACAAUUAGCACGAUAAACUGACUUCUGUUACAUAUAUUUUACAUUAUUUUAAAUAUUGGUAAAAUAUCUUCUGUAACUGCUAAAAAAUUAUCAUAAAAUUAUGAAAUUUCUGAACGAGAUACAUAUGUAUAGUGAGAAAUGAAUAGUCUCUUUAUUCUAUUAUAUAUAUCAGUAUUUUCAAAUCUUUGUGAGAGAUCAUCAAAUUUUCUUUAGUUUAAUAUUAUAUUUGAUUAAUGAUGAUAUUUUUAUAUAGUUUCGUAAUAGUGUAAAUAUGAAAAUUUUAUUGUUAUAGGAUUUGAAACAAAGUUAUUAUGUUAUUGACAAUCGAGUACUUUUAAAAUGAAAUAAUCAAAUAUCGAUUAAUUUUUAAUUAUAAUCAAUACGAAAUUCAUAACAUUUAAUUUAACUUAAUUUAAUUUAAUUUAAUUUAAUUUAAUAUAAAUAUGAUGAUUUAAAAAAAGGAAUUUUAUUGUCUGAUGUAACUGUCAUUUAUUGAUAUAUGCAAUGAUGGAAUAAUACAUUAUAAAUUUUA